CUCAACUCUGGAAAAGGAAUUAAAAUCUGAAAAGGAACAGAGACAAACUUUGCAAAGAGAACUACACCAAGAGAAAGAUGCUACCACUCUGCUUAAAACAGAAUUGCAACAAAUGGAAGGACUGAAAAAGGAACUGAGAAAACUGCAAGACGAGAAGCAGCAGUUAGAGAAAGUCUGUGAGGAGCAGGAGCAAGCUCUUCAAGAAAUGGGACUUCAUCUCAGCCAAUCAAAGUUGAAGAUGGAAGAUAUUAAAGAAGUAAAUAAAGCACUAAAGGGUCAUACCUGGCUGAAGGAUGAUGAAGCAACGCACUGCAAGCAAUGUGAAAAGGAAUUCUCUAUCUCAAGAAGGAAGCAUCACUGCAGAAACUGUGGGGACAUCUUCUGCAACACUUGUUCCAGUAACGAGCUCGCGCUGCCAUCGUAUCCUAAGCCUGUCCGCGUUUGCGAUACUUGUCACACUUUACUCCUUCAGCGGUGUUCGUCCAAUUCCUCCUAAGGCUUUGGGAACCUCGACAGGACCACUUUAACAUUGGAAAAGUAGCCAUCUUUUUUUUAUUUGUUUAAAUUUUGAAUUCCAGGCAUCAUCUGUGCAGCAGAGUGUCUGGUCUCUAAUCUGUAAGACUGAGCGGUGUAAAAUAAU